AUGGGUGAAGACCAUCCCGCCGAGAAGAUGAGAUUCAGCGGCAACUUCGUGACCAUCAGAACUGGCUCAGAAAAUAGCAUCCAAGAAUUCCACGUGCACGAGGAUGUGGUCAAGGAGAAAUCGAACUUCUUAAAAGCUGCAUUCGACCGCAGAUGGCGCGAAGGGCAGUCUCGCGUACUCGAGUUACCGGAGGACACGCCCGCCACGAUUUCUGCAUACCUGGAGUGGUUGUACAGCCGAUCAAUACAGCCUCCGCCAGUCGAGCCUGGUACAGGCCACAGAUUCGAACGUCUGGUGCGGCUCUACGUCUUUGGCAAGAAGAUCCAGGAUGAUGCCUUCUGCGACGCUGUCAUGCGAUUGAUGGCGCAGAAGUGCGAUCAGGAGCACGAAGAGGACGAAGAGUGUGUCGCGUGGGUACCGAAUCAGGAUGACAUUGAGCUACUGUAUGCUGGUACUCCGCAAGGCUCACCGGCGCGACGCUUCCUUGUCGAUGUACACCUGGCGUGCGCUGAGGCCGACUGGCUCGACGAGAACGAGGAAGAGGGAGAAAAUCCUCGAGAGCUUCUGCUUGAUCUUUCGCGAGCGCUGCGGAAGGGUCGUACUCCUGGCGGUCAGUGGGCAGCAGUUCCUCAUGUGAGCGACUGGCUGAAGGAGAAAGAUCCGUGA